AUGUUUCAUAAAUAUCCGGCAGUUCUUACGGUAUGGCUGAUACUCUGCGAGACAUCCCUAACAGUAUCGCAGCACUCAUGCACUGAGAAGAAUCUGCGUGUGAUCAACCGCAAGAUGUCCUGGUUCGAAGCUAGGCUGAGGUGCGCUGAGAUUGCACCGAACGGCAGACUGGUUAGUAUCAAAACAGCUCAGGACCAAGAGUACGUCAGAGCUUUCCUCGAGCACGACAAACCCGACAUCAGCAACUGUGAGACAAAUUAUGCGGGGUACGCCUAUUGGACCUCUGGACGCCUCAUUAACAGGAAGUACAUCUGGACCAAUGAGAAUCAGGAAUUCAGCUACUUCAACUGGAACGGUGGCGAACCGAAUGGUGCUACGAGUGGCGAGGAGUGCAUUCACCUGUGGGGCAAUCUGAAGUGGAAUGAUUUGAAUUGCGAUGUGUCGGUAUAUCAUAUUUGCCCGCUAUGCGAAUUUUGA